AUGGCUUUCACCGAGGUUUUACAACAGCGUAGUGACAAAGCCUACUUGCACCUCCGAGGGGCUGCUGCGUUGAUGGUUGGUCAAGGGAAUGGAAGCUCAGCUGCCGUUACUCAAGAUGAGGGAAUGUCAACCUUGUUUGAGAAGCUCGACCUUCAUACCGCAACAUACGUCCUCACUCGCUCCCCAGGCCUACCAUCAUUGCACCCGGCGACGCCACAUUCGAUGCCAGUAUCGCCCGAUCGGACGCUAUACAGAAUACUGCAUGCUUGUUAUCACUUUAUCUCGACAGCGCAGCAGUACAAAUAUACCAACUCGUCACUAAUCCCCUCCAACAUACUCAUUGAGCAGGGAAGGCAUCUCGGGAACUUGAAACAGUGGCUGUCGUGUCACCAGCUCGGCCCUUCGCGCCCAGCCGCUGAUCCACAGAGCGAGCAGCUAAUCAUCCUUCGCGCUCAGUGUCUUGCUGGGCUAAUAUCGUCUGCCAACGUUCUUCAACCAUAUGAAACAGCCUAUGACAAAUAUGAACGCGAGUUCAAGGAGAUUAUCACGCUGGCAGAGGCACUUUUCGAGAUACAAUCCGAGGUCAUAAAAUCCCCAGAAUAUUCUGGUGACCUGCCUCAUUUCGCUCCAGAAAUGGGCAUCAUUCAGCCGCUAUUUCUGGCUGCCCUGAAGUAUAGGCAUCCUUUCUGGCGCCGCAAAGCUCUGAACCUGCUCCAGAAAAGCGGAAGGGAAGGUCCAUGGUGUGGUGUAAUCGAGGCUGCGGUGAUCAAGGUCGCCAUAGCGGCCGAAGAAGCAAUACCGAGCGACCUACAGUCUACGGAUAAACCAGAGAAAGCUGUCGUCCAUCGUCCGAGCAGCAUUCCUGAAAUCCAGAGGGUCCAUCUUUGUUGGAUAGUUGGAUAUGUGGCUCGAAAAGAGGAUAACAGGAUCGGCAUGGGCGUAGGCCCAGGAACUCAGGCCAAGUUUGCGAAGGUCCAAUUGUGCAAGCGUCUCAAUCUGGACGGCAUUCUAGAUGACGAAAACAGAGGGCCUUACGCUCGUCAAUGCCCACCUCUUGGUCCCGUCUUACCACCCCCAAAGCGGCCCAGCCAACACCCUGCUGUGAAAGCUGCCAUCGAGGGCAUUAUCGCGUCUCUCGAAGCACAAACAGCAGGCUUCAACUACUCUGCCGUCUCUGUUGGAGUUCGGUCUAUUCACGAGGACACGCCUUUCCUGGACUUCCACCAUACUCCGCCUAGCCCAGCCUCGAAGCGUGGUGCCAAAGAGGUUGAUACCAACACGGUGUAUCGCCUUGGAAGUGUUUCAAAGCUGUUUGCAAUGCUGGCGGCACUGAAACUGGCUGAAGAUGGCGUGCUAAGUAUGAACGACCCUGUUGGACGGUGGAUCCCAGAGCUUUCAGGACGUGACAGCGAUCCUGAGUCUGAAGAUGAGCUUGAUCGGAUCGAGUGGCAGGAUGUGACUGUGGAAGCUGUUGCAGCACAUCUCUCGGGGAUUGGUGGAGACAUGAGUGGUGAUCUUGCCAGCUUUGAUGCCGGCUGGGAGGCUCUUGGUCUUCCAAAAGCUUCUCCAGAGACAAAGACCCAGGCAUGCUCAGGAAAUGGAGGGCUUCGUCCUUGCACCCGCGAAGACCUUCUGGAGGCAUUUCAGCAUAGACGUCCACCGGUGUACCCGCCAGGUCACAUACCUGUGUAUUCCAAUGCCGGUACGGGAAUCGUUGGCCUUGUUGUGGAAGCGGCCGCAAACAAGACGUUCGAGACAUCUCUCCGCGAUUUGGUCCUGGAACCUUUGGCUCUGCGGGAUACAAGUGUUGGGACCGUGCCCGAAAAAUCUGAUCAAAUGUUCAUACCUGCCGGAAGCACUGAUUGGGAUAUGGACCUGGGAAUCUUUGCACCUGCCGGUGGAAUGAACUCUAACACCAAAGAUUUGCUGUCUUUCAUGACUGGCAUCUUGAAAAACUCGGCUCUUUCUCCAUCAUCAACACGCCGCUGGCUCAAGCCAGCUUCUUUUCUCUCAGCCUGGAACAGUGCUGUUGGUGCCCCUUGGGAGAUCUACCGCGUCGACAACCUGACCAGCGACGGCCGAAUCAUUGAUCUAUACACCAAAGGCGGAUCUCUUACCAGCUAUUAUUCUGCACUGGCACUUGUGCCGGAUUUGGGCUUUGUCGUUUCGGUUCUCGCUGCUGGACCUGAAGUCAUUGGCCUUUGGCCAUCAUUGGCAAGUCUCCAGGCAAUGGAGGCCUUGAUCCCUGCCAUGGAUUUUGCAGCCAAGGAUGAAGCUAAGAAGAGGUUCGCGGGGACACAUACAGACAAGGGGAGCGGCUCACAUCUCACGUUAUUUUUGGAUGACGGUCCAGGUCUGGUGCUGAGCGACUGGGUCAUCCGAGACUUUGAGGUGUUGCCAAACCUCGGUCGUUACAAUCCUGCAACCAUGAACGCUACCACCGGGUCAAACUUGACGAGUGUGAGAAUGUUCCCGACGGGUAUUGAAAACGCCCGUCGGUCAGCAUGGAGGGCUACAUUCCCCGCCUUCACAGACGAAGAAGCCAAGGUGAUUGAUGGGAGCACAUCUAUUCGGGAUGCUUCGUGCGUCACCUGGCGUAUGGUGGAUCGAUUGAUCUACAAUGGCCUUUCGAUGGAUCAUUUCGAGUUCCAGUUUGGAGAGGAUGGCGAGACUGCGACGAGUAUCAAGUGCAAGGGUUUUGAUGUCGAGCUGACGAGGGACUCGGACGGCCCUCAGGAUUACGAGAUAUAA